AUGUUACUGCUUGUUGCUUUCCCUGCUUUGCUCGCGAGCCUCGCCCUAGAGGCUGACUGUUUGUUGGUUGGGACGGCGGGCUGGCUGGCUUACGCUGCGUCUGUGUUCGUACUUCUUAGUCUCACCACCAUCGACCGGGACAGGGUGACUUGCUUCAAGAUCGGGCUGCCGUUGAUGUUGAUCGCAGGCAAGUCCGAAGAGAGACUCGCUCGGUACACAACUGGGUAA